UCUACGUUGUCAGUACGUGGAGGGGGAGUCGUGCAGCGAGUAAAAUGUUGUAUCACCUGUUGCUGCAGACAGUAAACACACAACAGUCAGCAGGUGUAUCACCCGGUCAGCCUCACCUCCUGCUGUAUCAUCUUGAUGACGUUAAAGACAUAGAGAAGGCCGUUAACGAUUUGUCACAGGCGGCGAGCGGAGGGUCGUUGUACGUCAUCGCUGAUGAAAUAGUGAGUAACAGGUCUAGCUUGGCGAUUUUCUGUGACAAGCUGCUGACACAAGUUCCUCGUCUCCAUCUCUGGGUCGCAAGUUGUUUCCAUGAAGACGCACCCGCCGGAUGGCCAGUGGAAUAUUUAACCAGACCCCUCCGCUCUCCUCCGGCCGUCGUCAGGGAAGUCGAGCAGGACGAGAAGAUCACUGAGAACUGUGCUGUCCUGCCGUACAGAGAGCGAGGUGUACCCGACCACACAGACGGCCCGCCAGUCACACGACUGUGUCACCGAAGUCAGGGUCACACAAAUGAUGGGCCAGUCGAUUGUGUGAUGUGCGGUCGUGAGGUGGGCAGCUUCCUACACAGUCUCCGUGAUGGUGUUACGGAGUACAGCACAAUAACUUCUGCAACAUCCACCCCUACCAGUAGCGGCACAGCACCACCCUGUCUACAGUAGAGAGACGUGCUGGUGUUGUACUGGGGUGACGUUAGGUACAACUCAGGUGUGGUGAAGGGACUGCAAGAAGGGGGUAUCCCAGUGCAGGUGAUGACGGAUGAUGACAUCGAGGACGUGGCCACGGCCCACAGUGACGUAGUGUGGGUGGCGGAUAGACAUCGUGUUUGUGGUCUGGAGAGAAAAGUCGUCGUCUGUCUAAAGGAUCUUGCGUCUAACUGGGUUCACUCUGCUAGACUUGAACUCAUGUCCCGCUGUACGGCACAACUUGUGAUUGUCUCCUCUUAGCACUAACUCACCUGUCACCUGUUGUGGUCACGUGUCUGUCUCUCUGACAUCAACACUUAUUUUUAGUGUGUCUCCUCUUCUACUCUCAGUCCAUCCCCACAUCAUCACCCCAUUAUGUCAUGCACAUAAUGUCACACACUACAUAAGGUCCGUGUCUCUGUUUACACAACAACUGGCGUCAGCAAAAAUAUUAAACCGUGUUUAGACAACAACUAGGGACAACAACAACAUAAAUCUUUCUUUACACAACACUAGAGUUCGUGUUAGUGGCUGCAGUUGGUUAUAUUUGACUUACAGUCUCAUCUAGUGAAAUAAAAUAUUUCUUUGUACGUUACUUUUAUUUUUAUUUGGAUGUAAUAUUAGCCGUGUUUGUGUAAUGCUUUACCUUGUGUGAAUUAAUGGCGAGUGUUUGAUCAAUCAUUUCAUGCUGAUGUAGUUUUGUUAGCGUGUACGUCUAGUGUUAUAUUAUCAGUGUUGUUUGACAUCUCCAAUAUUCUAUAAUAUUGCAUUUUCCAUUCUUCAUAGCCAGGAAAAAAAAAUCAUUUUCACACUUUACAAUAAAGUUCAACUGUGUUGGAUCAUAUCUGUUGGUUGUAUUGUAUAAAUUUAUGUUGUAUUUUGUGUUAUACUGUUGGUUCGCCCUAUUAUGCGCAGAUGCUCUGCGAAUGAUCCCUUGUAACAUUGAUAUCAACCCGUACAUGACACAUGGUGAACAGAUAUGUGUUCACAGAGCGUGUGAAUGUAGCCUUGUAGUCCGAGUGGUGAA